CAACCCAAGUUAAACGACACCGUAAAAUGCCUCUUUGGAGAUGGAUAAAAAACAUAGGGAUCGCUUCACCGUUGGCUCUUCAUUUCACAGCUCUCCGUCUUCUCCGGCGAUUGUUUCCCUUUUCUCUCGAAUUCUCGUCCCCGUUAAGGCUUUCUACAAGUUAAUGCACUAAGAGAAGAAGAAUUGGGGGAAAGAAAGAGAUGAGCUUUACUCAGGCUAAUUGUUUUCGACCAUCCUACCACUCUCCUGUGACGAGGAUACGUCGAGCUAAUGGUGUCUCCACCAGUGUAACUGCUUCGGUGUCUACUCUGUUUUCGCCUCUGUUAAGUCACAGGCGUAGUGGGAAAUGGAAGCAGAGUUCUGCUGUGUGCUUGUUUGGUGGGAAAGAUAAGUCCAAUGGUGGUGGUGACGAGAUAUCACCAUGGAAAGCAAUAGAGAAAGCUAUGGGGAAGAAGUCAGUUGAAGAUAUGUUGCGGGACCAGAUUCAAAAGAAAGACUUUUAUGAUACUGAAAGCGGCGGCAACGUUCCUCCUCGUGGAGGAGGCGGUGGUGGUAACGGUGGAGAGCGUCCUGAAGGGCCAGGAGGAGGAGGAGAAGACGGUGGUUUCGCUGGGAUUGCUGAGGAGACUCUGCAAGUUGUUUUAGCCACCUUAGGCUUCAUCUUUUUGUACACUUACAUUAUCAAUGGAGAGGAGUUGAUGAAGCUUGCGAGAGAUUACUUUAGGUUUCUUUCGGGAAAACCUAAGACUGUUCGGUUGACCAGAGCCUUGGAUGGUUGGAAUAGAUUCAUGGAGACCAUGUCGAAGCCGAGAGAGUAUGACGAGUACUGGCUAGAGAAGGCGAUCAUCAACACGCCGACCUGGUAUGACAGUCCCGACAAGUACAAGCAAGUCCUCAAGGCUUAUGUCGACUCAAAGACUGAUGAACAACAGUUCGAUUAAACACCCCUUGUCAGUUUCGCUUUUGUUACUUGAAGAGAUUCAUAAUCAUAAUUAAGGUUUCCUUUUUAGGUUCGUCUUCAGGUUUUUCAAUAAAUUGUCUUGUUCUUGAAUGUCAAUAUCUUUUCAAAAUUCAAUUUAUAAGCAACAAUUGCAGAUCAAAA